AUGACAGAAUUAGCUAACAUAUAAAUUUCUUAAAAUCAUUUCCCAAAACAACCAUAAGAAGAUGAAGAAGACUAUGAAAAAUUGCCUUAAAUAACUUUUUUCCACAAAAUAACAUUCGCCCUCUUAGGAAUAUGUUCUUAAUCUGGUUGGAACGCCAUUUUAAAUGCUUUUGAUUUUUUUCAAUCUAAAUUCCCGAAAUAAAAUUUCGUAGAUGUCGCUUUUUAUUUCCCAAUUCCUAUUAUGUUUACUAAUUUUAUAAUCAGUGUAACUUUAGUAAUAAUAGGAAAUAUUGUUUCUAUUGAAAAAAGUAUUCCUUUUUCUUUAAAAGGAACUGUGAUAUCCCUAGUUUCUUUAUCCUUGAUAGGUAUUUUCCUUAAAUAUACAUUAGCUGGAACUAUGAGUUGCUUAACUAAUAAUUUAUCCGUAGCGCUUUCUAUGGCUACCCAAAAUGGGAUAUUAAUUAAUAUUUUUUUUACUUUUACUUCUUUAUCAGGUGUUAUAAUGAAUAUUUUGAGAUUUAUUGCCUUAGGAGCUUUCGGAAUAGAAGAUUUAGAUAAUGGAACUGGACCUGCUCCUUUUUUUAUAUUUAUUGCUUACGUUUAGACUUUUAUGCUUUUUCCUGGUGUCUCAGUUUUCUAAAAACCUUAAUAUACUUUAAUUAAGUAACCUUAUGCACUUGUUUUUGUUUUUACGAUUUUUAAUAUAGGAGAUUUGAUAGCUAAUUAAUAAGGAUCCAAAGAUAUGUAAAAUGAUUUAUUUUAAUAUUUCCUUUUAUUUACAUUUGCUCUUACAAACGGAAUGGUAACUUCUAUUUUAAUGACUAUAGCGCCUUAAAGGGCUAAUAAUGCUAAAGAUAGAGAUUUUAUUAGUUAUAUGAGUGUUUUUUUUUUGACUUUUGGUAUUACUGUUGGAUCAUUUAUGGCUUUGAUUUUUUAAAAAAAUUGA